GACCUCACGUCCUUAAGAGAAGCAGUGAGGCUCAAGUCGGCACUUCUGUCCACUUUUUGGUGAAUAUCAGCGCCGUGAUUAUGGGUUUCGAAAGGAAAAUGCUCACAUACGGCGACCCCGACGACGAGGAGGAAGAUGCACCUGCAGAAGAAGAGGAGGAGGAGGAAGAAGAGGAGGAAGAGGAAGAUAUGGUGGACCCUUUAGAAACAAUACGAGCCAAGUGUGAACAAAGUGAACACUGUGUGCACUACAAGGAGCGUCUGGAGACCUGCGAAGCCCGAGUCGGCUCCAAGUCCACCACCGAGGAGGACUGCACUGAAGAACUGUUUGACUUCCUACAUGCACGGGACCAUUGUGUAGCUCACAAGCUGUUCCACAAGGUGAAAUGACCUUCCCACCCAGUUCCCACUACUUGCAGCUGUAGUAUCUAUUUAACUUCUAAAAUUGUAAAAUAAUUAGAACAGUUCUGAUGUCUGUUAUUGUUCUUCUG